AUGUAUUACGCGAGGACUUUUCGAAAGGAUAGCGAUGCAUUAAAAAGGAACCGCCCAAAUAGUGUUGCCCUAUACGAACUCGCAAUCAAAGCUGGAGUUCUUAUGGACAACAUGGUUUUCAGAAGUGUACAUGCACUAAUUGCAAUAGGCUGUAGUCCAAUGGUUGUCUAUUCUAUGCUAAAAUACUUAGCAUCACAUUAUGCAAAGAAGCUUGCUACUACCACAGAAGAUGGUGAUCCGAAUGCUACAAUCAUUCCACAUAAUUCUACUGUUGUUGCUGCUGCCGAUACUGCUAGUAUUGAACCUCUAACGGAAACUGCCCGUGAAUUAGAAAAUUUCCUGUUAGGGAAAUCAAAAUUCAUUAAUGACCUGUUGGCACCAUGUCGAAAUUUAGACUCACAAUUUACUGUUCUCAGUCGUACUAGUAAUCGCAAUAUUAUUAUUAAUAAUGAUACUAAUCAUCCCAGUAAUUAUAAUCAAACAAAUAAAGGCUUGACAAAUAAGCCAAGAAUGUUACCAUCGCAUACACUGAAGCAUAAUAACUGA